UGUCGUAUUGGCCGCUUUUGGCAUGGCGGCCUUAACUGAUCCUCCCGGGCCGAUCCUGUCGUUGAACCCGCAGGAAGACGACGAGUUUCAAAAGGAGAUAAUGCAGGCUCGCCGCCGCAUCACGCAGCGACGAAAGCAAGAAAAGCUGAAGCCUGGAGUAAUCUAUGUUGGCCACCUACCGAACACACUUUAUGAAAGCCAGAUUCAAGAUUAUUUCUCCCAGUUUGACACUAUUACAGGAUUAAGACUGUCCAGAAGUAAAAGGACUGGAAAUAGCAAAGGCUAUGCCUUUGUGGAGUUUGAAUCUGAUGAUGUUGCCAAGAUAGUUGCUGAAACAAUGAACAACUACCUUUUUGGUGAAAGACUCUUGAAGUGUUGUCUUAUACCACCUGAAAAAGUACAUAAAGAACUUUUUAAAGAGUGGAAUACUCCAUUUAAACAGCCAUCAUAUCCAGCUGUGAAACGGUAUAAUCGGAAGCGGACACUUAUACAAAGGCUAGAGAUGGAGAAGCGCUUUAAAAAGAAAGAAAAAUUACUCAGGAAAAAAUUGGCUAAAAAAGGAAUUGAUUAUAAUUUUCCUUCAUUGGUUUUACCUAAGAAAACGAAACAACAGGUUUCACGCACUCCUGACACUCCUGAGAAGACCGUGGAUAGCCAGGGCCCCACGCCAGUUUGUACACCAACAUUUUUGGAGAAGCGAAAAUCUGAAGUGGCUGACAUGAAUGAUGAUGAUGAUAAAGAUAAUGAAAUAGUUUUCAAACAGCCCAAACCCAGUGUAAAAGAAGAAAUAGAAAAGACUCAGACACCUACACGUUCACAGAAAAAAAGACAAAGAAAAAGCAAUCAGUGAUUCUGAAUGUAUUAUGUGUAAUAUUUCUUCUGAAAAAUGUGAUUUUGUUUUAUGGGCUAAUUUUAUACUAGGUACAGUGAAAUACAACCCUGGACAAGAUUUCUGGAGGAAAAACAUACUAUUUGGUCAAGUCAGUAAGGAAAGCAAUUUGCAACUUUGGCUUGCCUGCCCUUUAUGAAAUACAGGGGUGCAUCCCCGCUUACAGUGGCUGGGUUCACGCUACCUCUUUUUCCUUGUCUCCUCUAGUUUUCAGAUUUCAUAGCUCUCCUUAAUUACUUUGCCUGGAUAGAGUGGUCACUAUUAACUGCAGGUUUAAGUUCUAAACUGCAGCCCUUUUUGUGACCACCAAAUAAAGACUGUCUUGUUUGACUGUCUACAUAGUUGUCAUGCACUUUUCACCCAUCAGGGUACUUUAGACUUUAACAUCAGUUGAUUAAAAGUUAAAUUGUAUGAGGAGUAGGAAGGAAGUUCAAGUGUUAGUGCAGAUUCAUUUAUGUAUUAGUUCACAUAUUAAUAGGAUUCAAAAAUGACUCAUUUUUACCAUAAUGUUAAAUUAGUUUUUGGUGGGCUAGCAUGGAUUAAUAACUGUUAAUAACAUUUUAUAUCAGUAUCAUCAGCGGAAAUUCCAAGAUUCAAACAAUGAUCAGCAAAUAAACUUUUUCCUGCAAUUUAUUUGUAUGUAAGUAAGACUUAGGAGUCUUGGGAAAUAUAGUAA